GCCACUACCUUCUGGUGGGACCGUACAGGAAGCUGUGCAGGAGAAGAGCUGAGACUCACGCAGGUGCUGGUCCAACCAUGGCCCCCAGUCUGAACGUGCUGCUGCUGCUGGUGCUGGCCGUUGCCACGGUGACGGUCCUCGGCCAGAGGCGACGCCCGGCCUCGACGAGCACGUCCACGGACGAGUGGAACUACAGAGACGGCUCUGAGAGGGUGAACAUGCGCGGCGUGGCCAACCUGACUCUCAUCCUGGACAACUGGAGGUUCGACAUCCUGGCCCAGAUGAGGGGCCUGCUGCAGAACGACCACCAGGCGCUGCUACCCGACUACGCCAGGAUCCAGCCGCUGUCCGAGGCUCUCGACGACCUCUACAAGGAGUUCAACGCCCUGAAGGCUCACCUCGGCGACCUCACCGAGAAGUUCUCCACCAUAGAGACCUUCAUCGACGAGGUCAAGGCUGACCGCGCCAACGCCGCCCAGGCCCCGCCCCCUGUCCCCAGACAGACCGGGAGGAGGCUGAUAAAGAAGAAGACCACUUCCUAGGCAGCCAACGUUCCUUUUCUUCUUCUUCUUCUUGCACGCAUUGCAUUGUUUGGUUGGGGCGGGACUGGAGGACAACAGGAAGUCCACGGUAAAACCAACAGAGUAACAAAAUAAAACGCACAAUAGUCUAGUCUCAUUUUUAGUUCAACCUCCUUUUUAAACUUCACAUAUUGAGUGAAUAAACUCUCUCAUUGCAUUGA